UGGUAACCUACAGUACCUACCUACUUCAAUUUCAAAAACCUGGGUACCGUAGGUAGAGCUGGCGCCGUGGCCCGUGACGGCCCUGCUGGCGGGAGGAAGAGAAGCAUGUAGGUAAUGAGGUGGUGUAUCUAGGUCCUGGCGAUAAUCUGCUCGAGUGUCAUUUGAAAGGGGCGCGUCUGGCCGCGCGUUGCACACGGAAGAUCCGAGCAGGCCCGCAAUGGACUGUGAGAUGAACGACGCUGUGGACAUUCUCCAAGCCCCAGGCGGCACGCGCAGGAGGAAGUAUGCUUUUGACGACACUGAAUGCGCAACCCUUUUCCAGCAAGCUGCGAAACGCCAGCACAUCCGCGGCACCGAGGAGCCCUUCCCGCAAGCCUUCCAUGCUGUCAGACUUCCUUUAGAAGACAUAACGUAUGAAGCUCAAGUCGUUGGCGCUCUCUCCUCCGAGCAGAGCCUUUACCAAUGUAGCAGCUUUUCAAGGCCCCCGCUUAACACCCCCACUGCCCAACCCCAACACUUGUCCCCAGCAUCAGGUGGAGGCUUGCAUUUCAGCAAUGCCUACAGGGCAGAGCCUGUGUUUGGGAUGUCGGAGCGCAACUUUGCUCAGGAGAACAGCGUCAAGUGCUUCCCAGACAAGCAGCAGGCACUGGACAGUGACCUCGAUGCAGACUGCCAGCUGUCAUUGGAAGAGCGCAGGCAGUUUGAGGCUGCCAGGAGGGCGACCUUCUCAGCGGAGCCUGGCACCAGCUCGGCCCCAGUUCGGCUGCGGUUCUUGAGCAUGCUUGCAGAGUGGAAGUCGGUCAGGAAGAUCCAUAACAUCGUGCCAGGCAGUCAGAAGGACAAGGAGAUGUUGAGAUACGUCAAACUUUGCGUGCGCCUCUGUGAGGACCGGGCAUGGAGGGCUCACUUCAGCCAGGCUGAGGAGCAGGCAUUGACGGUGACUGAGCCCUGUCAAACUCUGAUGUUGAGCGAGUGCGGAAGAAGCAACGGGUACUACUAGAGAAAACCUUCUGUUGCGGAGGCAGAAAGGAAGUAGGAGUGAUCCUUAGCAGGUCGGGCCUGGUUUCCACGUCGAAUGGAAGAGAUCUCAUAACAGACUAUUGAUACAAACGGUUAGAAUCUGGUGCCGGAUGUAGACGUUCACGGAGUUGAGAAAUCAGAAGCUGCUCUGAGCAUGAGUCCAAUAUCGUCUUGACACCUGUUGUCAGCUGAGUCCCGAGUGUGCUCCGAUCGGCUGCGACGUUAUGCGUAAUCACAAACAAUACUUGGAACCCAUGGAUCUGCAUUCGGGUUGCUGUGGUUUGAGUACUUUCGACCUCGAUGGUGCAGUGCA